CGUCACCAGUCUCCUGCUUCCGCCAUCUUGAAAAAAAAGAAAUUUUGUUCGUGUAGACGAAUGUUAAUGACGAGAUUUGUCCUACGACUCUCUAUUCUUUAGUUAUUCGCGCAAGUACUGCAACCAUGAUAAACGCAGAAGAGUUUAUUAACAAUAUGAUUUUGGUUCUAAUUGUUUUGAUCGUUCAAAUCGGUGUUAUUUCGGCCGAAGAAAGCGUGGAUCGAUACAAGAUCGAAGGAAAAGUGACAAUCCAAGGACAUAAAAAUCCCGCAGACUGGGUAUCUGAAACGAGAGUUAUCGUGGAUGGCGGAGUGCAUGUUGGGUUUCUUCGCCCAGAUGGAUCUUUCACGAUCCGAGACAUGCCCGCAGGGUCCUACAUAGUUGAAGCUGUCUCUCCUAAUAACCUGUUUGAACCAGUUAGAGUGGAUAUCAGUGGAAGAGCAAAAGGGAAGAUAAGAGCAAGAAAAGUGAACUUUUUACAAAAUUCAGCAGUGGUCCAAGUGUCUUAUCCUUUGAGAUUCAAAUCCAAAGAACCUGCACCAUUCUUUGAGAAAAGGGAAAAAUGGAACAUUAAAGAUAUGCUUUUUAAUCCAAUGGUCAUUAUGAUGGUCUUGCCACUUCUUCUUCUCCUUGUUCUUCCAAGACUUAUUUCUACAGCAGACCCAGAAACACAAAAGGAGAUGCAAUCUUCCAUGAAUAUGUUCAACCAAUCAAAAGAGAUGCCUGAUAUCUCUGACUGGUUUGCCAAAAAUCUCUCAGGAUUCACCAAGAAAAAGCCUGCUGUUAAAUCUUCUGCAAAAAAGCCCAUCAUUCCGGGUAGGCGUCGUUAAAUGAGCUAAUGUUGCGUCCUGGUCAAUGUAUUGUACCACAAGAUUGUAGCUAGAGCAAGUGAACUACUAACAGAACCUCAUCUUGUGAUUCAACUUGUGCUUUGCUAUUGUCUGAGAAUCUAGAUACCGCUAGGGGGUUGCCGUUUCCUGCACUGCAUUCCAUGUUCUUUGUAGCAAUAAAACGUAAGGCUUCCCUUGUUAUGGUUUUUAACACUUAUACUCCUUUGGUUACAUAUGUAUGUUCUGUAAACCUAAAAGCUGAAUUGUUGUUGUUUUAAAGAUGUUCGGUCUAUUGCAAAUGUCUGACUGACAAACGUUUUGUUUAAUUGUAUUAAUUUUUUUUUGGAACAAAACCUAAGAAACUGUACAAUUCUAUGACAGAAGAGAACAAUAAAAAAUUUAAGCAAUUUUUCCUGUAUUACAGAUGCUUAGAAAAUUCAGAUAUUUCCCAAUGUGAUUUUUUUCUUGUGCUUUAUUAGAAUGAAAGUAUUAUCUUGAAAUUUGUAUAUUUAAGAGAGAAAAUAAAAAGGCACAGUUUACGUUA